AUGUUUCUCUCGUUAGCUCUUGGUUUCCUCGUGUCCGGUAUUACUGCAGUCGCUGCAGCCAGCAGCAGUGGCUGCGUCGGUACAAUCUCAUCCUUGGAUGACGUUAGCAGUGCUACCCAAUGCACGACAGUGAAUAUCAAUGCGUUCACCGUCCCUGGUGGAAAAACGUUCGAACUGCAGCUGCUGGACGGCACCACUGUCAACAUUUUUUGGAAAUUUGAGCUGGGCCGGCCCCCUAUUCCGGGUGAUGUGAGUGCAGACACUACUACUUCAAGUGGCUCGGAGAACCUGAUCAAGGCCGUCUUGACAGGGGAAAUGACGUUACUUUCAAUGGAAACAACCAUAGGUGGGAUGGCGGAGGACCUUUUUACUGGUAAGCUCAUUAGUUACUGUGGUACUGCGUUCUUGUUUAAUCUUGCAUCUGCCAGAAUAUCGAUCUCAGGCACCUUGAACGACGUUUAUGUUGUAAACUCUCCCGCCCACGUCUUUUCGAUCACAAACCCAGGACCUCUCACUAUCUCUGGCGCCACUGUCGAUAAUCUGCAGGGUAACUAUCCCAGCUCGCGAAGCGGAAACGCCGCCGCCGCACACAACACCGACGGCUUUGAUGUUAACAGUAGUGAUAUACUCAUUCAAAAUUGCACUGUCCUCAAUCAGGAUGAUUGUUUAGCUAUCAAAAGAGGCACAAACAUCACAUUUGCCGACAACUACUGUGAAUAUGGUCACGGUAUCUCCAUCGGUUCCAUCUCGUCAAAUACCGUCGUCUCCGAUAUUGAGAUUAUCGGAAACCAUGUUGUUAGCAGCGCAUACUCCUUCCGUAUCAAGACCGAUACAUCUGCGACAAACAGUGUAGUGAAGAAUGUUACGUAUAGCGACAAUACUGCAACCAACUGUACCAGUUUCGGCGUUCUGAUAACUCAGAGCUAUCCCUCCAACCUGGGUACCCCGGGCAACGGGGCCACUAUCUCUGAUAUCAACUUCAACCAUGGCACCACUUCCUUGACGGCCAACAAGGGUGCUUACAUGGUCGCAGUGAACUGUGGAAGUGGAUCGUGCACAGGUGACUGGGAUUGGUCUGGUUUGCAGACGAGUGGUGGUAAAGCUGGAUCCAUCAUCAACAAUAAUCUCAUCACUGGAUUCGUUGAUACACAGUGA